AUAUCGACGCCAUGAUUCAAUAGUGCUCUUCAGUAGCUUUAGCAAAAAGAAAAUAGGAAUAUUGAUAUAUUCAAGCUUGGUAAAUAAUUAAAGCUGGUUAAUGCAUUUAUACUAUUUAAUGGAAGUAGUAUAUAUAUAUAUAUAUAACUUAUAACACAGCAAAACUGGAGAAAACAUUAAACAUGAAUAUAUGGAUAUGUUAUAAGAGAAACAGAUUUUAUGUUAUCAGUAUAUUGCUAACAUUUGUGUUCAUUCUAACUUUCUUAAAACGUGAGAAAGACAUAACUUUUGUCGACAUUACAAAGCCUGAGACUAAUAUUUCUGCUAAGAAAACUGUUCAAGUGUCAAGACUUAGAAAUUUAGGGAAAAAGAUUCAUUGCAAAAUACCAAAACUGGAAUUAUGGCCAAAGGAUAUCAAGAAAAAUGGCUUCAAAUUCGAACCUGUCGUUUGUGAUUCACCCGAAUCGGAAUGGUUUAUUAUUCGUGAUAGAAAAAUCAUAUUUACAACAACUGCAAAGACGCAUAUAUUAAAUAAUAAUGUAUCUUGUGAAUUACGAAUUAUCGAUACUAAAGAGUAUUUAGAAGGAAAUUCUAAAUUUAAAGGCCGAGUUUAUGAUAUCAAAACCUAUAAGAAUAUAGAAAAUGGAAUGCAAAUUCCUUCUGAUAUCUUCUCAAUUCAUUGUUCUCAAGGUUCCAACUAUGUAUUCGAAAAUUUAUAUUUAACAAUUAAACCUAACAGGAACAUUAUUUCAAAUCCGCCAAAAAGUGAUUUAUCAUCCGAGGAACCUAAAUGGAACAUUUUAAUAUGGUGUUUUGAUUCCUUGUCAAGGCUUUCGUGGCAGAGAUUUCUACCUAAAACAGUUGAAGCUUUUAAGGAAAUUGGAGGAGUCUGGUUUGAAAGAUCUAACACUAUAGGCUAUGGAACAGUGGGCUCGUUUUUACCUCUUUUAACGGGAAAACACGAGAGAGAGCUUCACCAGGCUGUUCGUGGAAAGAAAGGUGCUAGAAGCAUUGAUGACUAUCCAUGGAUUUGGAAGGAUUUAAAGGGUCAAAAUUAUUCUACACUCUUUGCGGAUACUGGUUCUUUCAAUUGGAAACAUGUUGGAUUUAAUGCAACUCCUACUGAUCAUUACGCAAGACCAUUUUUCUUGGCUAUAAAACACCAUAAAAAAAAACAUAAGAAGUAUUGUCUGAAGUCAAAGCUUAGAUUAGAAAUACUGCAAAAUUAUAUUGAAGAAUAUUGGGAUACAUACAAUAAGAAUCCAAAAAUGGCUCUCGUUAAUUACGAGGAAAUGUCACACGACAAUUUUGGCGAUAUCAGCGGAGCUGACAAAGCACAGGCCGAAUGGUUGCAUAGAAUGACAAAAUCCAAAAGAUUAGAAAAUACAAUAUUCAUUUUAAUGUCUGAUCAUGGAGCAAGAUUCGGACGGAUUAGAAAAAUGAAACAGUCCCAAUGGGAAAUACUUAAUCCCUACUAUGGUAUAAGACUACCAGAUAAUUUUAAGAAACUACAUCCAAUAGAAUCGAAUAAUUUAGAAAGGAAUAAAGAUGUGCUAGUAACAACUUUAGAUAUUUAUGCUACGUUUAGCCAUAUUAUCAGAUUUGUUACAAAUGAUAAAGUUAAACUAAGAAUUCAUAAACGGUCUGCAAGCCUACUAUCAUCUCUUCCGAAAAAUCGAACGUGUGCAGCUGCAAAUAUUCAUAAGAAAUUCUGUAUGUGCGAUAGAUUUAAAGCAAUAAGUGUAACUGAUACGAUUGUUGAACAUCUAACUGAAGUUAUAAUAGCAAAUAUUACAAAUUCUUUGAAACCAAUUAGACAACACUGUAAACCAGUAAAGAUCAAAAGAAUUCUUGAAGCUUAUAAAGUUCAAAACAACAACGGAAGGAAAACAGGUAAUAAAACAGUCAAGGAAGUUUAUAAAGUAAAUUUUAUGGUAGGCGCCUUCUACGGACAAUAUGAAUCAAUUGUUUCUGCUACAUUUGAUAUCAGUCGUACUGCAAUACUGAAUAUAGAAAUACAGGAAGUAAAUAGAUUAGAUAGAUAUGGAAGUCAAGCCGUUUGUGUUGAAAGAGACUAUCCUGAAUUGGCCCUAUUUUGUUAUUGCAUUCAUCAGUAG